CGGCAGGGGGCGCCGCCGCCGCCCCGGCCCGCGCCCGCAGCCGCGGCCAUGUUGGAGCUGGCGCUGGAGGAGCUCUCGGCUCUCGCCGCCAUCUACUGCGAGCCGGACGCCUGCGAGGUGCUGGCGGUCUCAGAGACUCAUGGAAUCACAUUUAGAAUUCAAAUCAGUGUGAAGGAACUGCUGGAUACAGAUGUACUUUUAAAGCUGUUAUUUCAUUUACCAGUCAAUUAUCCAUCAACUCUACCAGAUAUUUCUAUUAACUCAGACCAGCUUACAAGGGCCCAAUGUAUGGACGUGAAAGAUAAAUUACUUGAACAAGCAAAGAAGCAUCUUUCUGAACCCAUGGUACAUGAUCUGAUUCUUUGGAUACAGCAGCAUCUUAAAUAUGUCAUUAAGCAAUCAGCAACAGUUUGCAAGGAAAAAACUACUUUGUCAAAAGGAACAAGUACAGAGGAUGGUAUCUGGAUGCUCUUCUUGCAUUUAGAUCACAUGAGAGCAAAGGCAAAGUACGUCAAAACUGUGGAAAAAUGGGCUUCAGAUCUAAGGCUGACUGGAAGACUGAUGUUCAUGGGCAAGAUAAUAUUGAUUCUUCUUCAGGGUGACAGGAGCAACAUUAAGGAGUACUUAAUUCUUCAGAAAACUUCUAAGGUAGAUGUGGACUCAAGCGGAAAGAAAUGCAAAGAGAAAAUGAUUAGUGUACUGUGUGAGACAAAAGUACAGUCACAGCAUAAAAGGUUUCAGACGUUUGAAGUCAAAGAAUAUUCAACACUGGAUGAGCUACAAAAGGAAUUUGAAACUGCAGGACUUACAACUCUUUUCUCUGAGUUUGUGCCUCCUCUCUUAAAAUUAAAAGAAAACACUGGACCCUUGGACCAAAGCAGUAGUUGACUGCAGAUGCUGAUGGAAGAUGAAAGGACGGAUUUGGCAAACAACAUUAAAGCUUUUCUACAAAAAAUGCCAGAAGUAGCCAUCCUCUUGCAAGAAGGAGAAGGCAAUUCAUACAUUAAGAAUUGAUAAUUUUUUGACAUUUAUGUAUUGAUAACUUUUUCCAAGGAAUGCAGAGUUAAUUGCAAUAAUUGCAUGGCAAGCAUGAGAGAUUGGGAAGACAUCAUGUUAAAAUAAUAGUCUUCUAGUUAGACUCUGUUUUGCAUUCCCUGUUUUUCAGUGUUUUGGUUUUUAUCUCUCAUGGUAGUGGUUUUUCAUAAUGGCCUGCUAGAAAGCAUGAUUAAUUUUGUGUUGAAAGCUUAUAUGAAGGUAUUUCUGUAAAAAGCAUAGCAAACAGAGAGUUGAAUGUUUGAGUACAGCAUAUACUUAAUAUCCCUUAGGUGUUCAUCUUCUAACUUUUUUUUCUCCAUUUAUUUGACUAUAAAUGCUAGACUGUUGAUUUAAAGAAAAAGCUCAUGUCACUUGGAGCCUGAAAAAACUUAGAAGUGUCUUUUUGAAUGUUAGUUUUUAUUCUAAAAUGUAUAAAAACACCCAAGUGGAGAAUUUAAAUUGAUUAAAAAGCUAAGGUAAAGCCAUUCGUAAUAUUUUCUUUGAUAGUUUACAGAUUCCUUUUUGCACUUUAUCUGGUUUUACUGUCUGUGCAUCUUUAUAUAUCUUGAUUCAAUUAAACUGCCAGAGCAGUAUAUAUACAGACUUCAGUCCUCUGUCUCUCAAGACUUCUGUCAAGUCUUCUGUCAUUUGAGAAGCUGGUAAGUUAUAACUCCCUAUUAAAAAUUCCUGACCUUUAGCAUUUAUUUUUUUUGAUUGGUCAGUGGUCUUGGCCAGCCUAUAAAUUUUUUUAUCACUAGUCUGUGUUUUACUUCAGUAUAAUGUUACAAAUUAUAUACAUCAUUUUUACAAAUUCAAUUGCGCAAGUUCUGUUUGCCUAGGGAAAAUUGGAUACUUAUUUCUUUUAAUUAUUAAUGUCCUUUGGUUUCUAUUUUACCUGAUACCAUUCUCUAGCAAGACUAGAUAAAUUGUCCAGUAGUAAAAAUUUUGAAUUAAUGAGUUUCUCAGUAACUAGCAAUGCCAUUUCAAUUGGUUUUAACAUGUAGCUAAACAUGGGCUUUACUGCUCUCUAAAACUCACUCCCAGAAGCCAGAUGUAUUAGGUAUUCUUUGUUAACCAAAUACAUUUGAUCAACUCAGUGUAAAUUAAUUUAUCUCCUUUGUACUGGAGGAAGGCUGGUACAAUUUGGUUAGUUCCCAUAGUGUGGUUUGGCAAAUGAUUAUGUAAGACAUUUUGAUUUCCAGGUUCAUACUCAGACCAUGAGAUCAUACCUCUUUCUUUGUGUAUAAUAGAAAAGCAACUAAAGCAAACUAUUAAGAUUUUUAGGUUUUACUAUUUGAGAUAUCAAAUGCAUAACAGGUUGUAGACUGUUUGAGUGUUUUUUAAGUUUUUAAGGAGUUUGGUAAUUUUCAUAAUAUGGAGUGUCUCAAAUACAUAUGUUGCAUGUUAUUUUAUGCACCGAGGCUUAUUUAAUACGACAGUAGCAAAAGCUCUUCUUAAUGAGUCUUUCAUGUGUAGCACAUAGAGUACUUCAGGCACAGUAGAAAACAGUGGGUUAAACAGGUUUUACAAAUCAGUUCUAUAUUAUUUUGAAAUGGCUUCCUGAGAGAAGGGAAAUCUAACUUUCUGUCAUUUUAAGUAUGCGGAGAUGAAUUUUUACUUUUAUAAAGAAUAAAACACAAGUACCUUUAAAAUAUUAAAAUAACAUGUAUUUUAAAUUACAGUUUUCAGAAUUCAGCUAUUCUCAGUUAAAAUACCUAUGUUGAAAAAUUGUGUGUCAGUGGAGUAUAAAGUCUUGAAAAGAUGCAGAGGCUCUCUCCUUAUACUAUGCGAUAGAUCUGACAAGUAUCAAAACCAAGAAAAGUCCUAUGCAUGUACAGUGUAAGAAAACGUAAUCAGUAUCUCUCUGCAUAUUUAAAUGCUGUAAGGUUUUGCCAGAAGGAUUUUAUGUCCUCAGCCACAUCUUUACUUUAAAAUGCUCCACUUUUCUGGAAAGAGCAUUGUAAGGUACUUCAGCACAACCUAUAUCACAAUCUUGGCCAUUAAAAUGUAGCUGGGACCUUAUUCAACAUGCAUAUAAAUCAGUUGUAUAUGCUUUCUGUUGAUUUUGGGAAUUGGGUUGAAUAGCGUACCUAAUCAUGUGAUCUCAAAUUGCAUGUGACUGCAAAAAUAAUUGAGGCAUACAGUUGUUGUGGUCAUCUUUCUUGCAAGAUAGAUGCAGGCUCUCCAACUUUUUCCACCCUACUAUAAAAGCUACUGUAAUUAGCUGCAUAAGAAAAGCCAUUUUGUAGGGUCAGUGGUUGCCAGUUGCACUUGGAUAUAAAUUCAUGUAUUUUCUUGAAUAUUGUUGCCUGGUGCCUUCUUGAUUAACUAUUUGGUCAGAGCUAGCAUUCUGCAACAGCCAAUUUGAAAAACGUAAGAACAGUUAAAGAGCAAAUGACAGGUGGGUAAGUUGCAGCUCACUUCUGAUCUGUGCUCAUCUUGCCAAAUGAAGUUGUAAGAAGCUAGGUGAUUUCUGUAUUUCAGGAGUUGUAAAAAGCAGUUUACACAAUGGAUUUUUAUCAUAGUUGAAUUUGUUACUAACUUACAUUGGACAAAUCAACAAGGUCAGUGUAGGAAAGGACUGUAGUUUUUUUGCUUGGUUUGAUGUGCUUCGGGAGAAUUACAAAUCUGAUCAGCUUGAUAUUGUUCAGACAGCAGAGAACAUGAAAACUGAUGUCAGUCUGAUUCUGUCAAAGCAAAUGCUUUUGCCUACCCAUCAAUCAGUCACUUAUUUUGAAAGGUAGGAGGAUAUCUUGUGUUCAGACAAGUAAACAAUAUUUUUAAAGGUUGUUCUUUUGGAAGGAUGUUGCAGCUGUCUGUUAACUGAUGGUUUGUUUGCAUUUAUUGUAAGAAGAGAUGGGCAAGCCCGUGAGCCCCUGGGGCACAAAAGUCAUUGAAAUCGAUACUGUGGUGCAUGUUCUGCCCUGCAAGGGAACUGAAGCAGGGAAACAAAGUCAAAACUCCCGAGAAUCGUUAAAGAAUGCAUAUCAGUGUCUAAAAAGUUAGUGAAGUGUAUAUAGCUAUCAGAAUCAGACAAUUCAAUUGCAAGGAAAAAGAAAUCCACAAAUUAAAAAUGGCUUAACAAAUAAGAAGCUACAUUUCUUGUGGAUAUUGUAUUAUAAAUAGUUUUUUUGAACAGCAUGGUUAGUAAAGCCUCAUUUCCUGUGGGCUUUCUUGUUUCUAAACAAUUGCACAUGUGAAGCCUUUCUUGCAGAAGAGACAUUCAUGGUGGUGCUCUCCCAGGUGGGUUCCCCAGUGCCUGAUACUGAUUGUGCUCUCUGCAUAAAUCACUGAAUCAUCAGUAGCAUAUUGCUUCUCUGCUACCUGUUUUCAUCAAAGUUAUAGGAACUUGGUUUCUUUCAGGCUGUUAACCUCUCAUUUUAAUUGAAAUCAGUUGAAUUCAAAACGUCUAGAAGAAUUUUGUAGUAUAAAUAUGCAUGCUUCCGUAUGGACAGCACAGUCCCAUAACUGUAGUUUCCUUUGAAGAUCAGGCUAAAAUGAAAGUUGUUGCCAUAGGACUGACUACUUGAAGAACCAAGGUUUUAGGACAAAACUGAGGUUUGAUUGGUCUUUUUGAAUCCCUUGGCUUAUUAAGUGUGAAGAAGACAAAAAAUGGGUUAAGAGAGAAAGAAAGAUACAUAGAAACAGGAGCAAACCCCCAAACCCAACAUCAGCCCUGUUUGCACAGUUGUUUUUGCAUGAAUACAUUGCAUCCAGAGCAUCCAUUCUCAUCCUGAAGAGAUGUGCUCAAUCUGCACAAGGGUUGCUAAACCGCAGUUGAAUGAAUGUCUUGGGUGGGCAUCUGCCAGUCUCUAGAAGAGAUGGCACUGGCUGUGUUGGUCAGGUUUGUUGGUGAACGGCAUGUGUUCACUUUUUCUGCUCCUUUCAUAUGAUUCAUGAGUGUUAUAUGUCUGCAUUUUCUGUGGUAUGAGAAGAAGAAUGGUCUGGUCAUCUGAGGAAUGCUUCUUUCUCAUUACCCUUUGUGCAGCAAGUGUAAACUGAAGUAAGCAAAAGGGCAACAUGAGAUCCAGAUAAUUUUUACUAUUACAUGUAACAUCAGGUCUUUCUACAUAUGUAUGCUACUACUACUGCAGAGUGGUGAUGUCUGUGGAAGCAAGGACAUUGGAGUGCUAACAGAUUAAGUUACUCAAUUCUGCAAGAAAUCAAUCUUUCUACAGUUUUCGUUUUUUUGAAUUGUUACUGACCGCCAUUGUGACCAAGGUCUGUAGAUAAAAACCUGUCUUGGCAGAGGGAGGCACAGGAAUAAAACUCCCUUCUUUUCUGUAUUAAUCUUUCAAGGCAUUAUCUAUAGCAUUAAUACGUACUAUUUGUAUUUAAGGGGUUUUAUUAUUGUCUCUUGGAAAGAAACCUUUAUGAGCAGCACAUACUGUGAAGUAGCCUACCAUUCCGGAGAAUAGCAUGACUUCAGUGGAAGUAAUGCGAAGUUUCAGAGGAGGGAAAUACUUUCAAUGGGGACAUCAUCAGUAUUGGGAAUUCACCAGCUUUUAUUACUUAUUCAAUCUCAUUAAAAUUAUAAUUCUUGCACCCUGUCCCCCACCAUUUGUUAUUUGCUGUUACAGGGAGGAUGAGACACUAUAAGAACUCAUAAAUGAAAAUCCUUGACACAAUCGAUUAAAAAAAAUUGGAAGUAUGUUUGAUUGUUUUGUGAAUAAAGCUAAUUUUUGCGGUUUUGUUUCAUUUUCCUAUAAGAAGACUAUUUGUCACUUAUUUCUGUGUGAAUGAUCCACAAAAACACUGAUAUUAGUAUAAUUUAUACGCAUAAGUACUGUAAUGAGCCUAAAGAAACUUCUUAGGGGGAAAAUACUUUGUUUACAUUGCUUCUUUUAAAAAUAGCUUAAUAAACCCUACAAAUGAAUGAUUUAAAA